UCCUUGCCAGCGCACCGGAGGAGAGCCGGGGUUCCUGCUGGAGUUGCUUGGGAUGUAUGGAAAGCCGCUAGCAUGUCUGCUGAACUGGGUGUCGGGCUGGCGCUGCGGGCGGUGAAGGAACGGGUGCAGCAGGCGGUGGCGCGGCGGCCCCGGGUGAGGGAUCUCCCAGCCAUUCAACCCCGUCUGGUAGCCGUAAGCAAAACCAAGCCUGCUGACAUGGUGAUUGAGGCCUAUGCUCAUGGACAGCGCAGCUUUGGAGAGAACUAUGUUCAAGAGCUGUUAGAAAAAGCAUCAAAUACUAAAAUUCUAUCUUCAUGUCCUGAGAUAAAGUGGCAUUUCAUAGGCCACCUGCAGAAACACAACAUCAACAAAUUGAUUGCUGUUCCCAACCUCUACAUGCUGGAAACUGUGGACUCAGUGAAGUUGGCAGACAAAGUAAACAAUUCCUGGCAGAAGAAAGGUUCUCCAGAGAAAUUAAAAGUCAUGGUGCAGAUUAACACCAGUGGGGAAGAAAGUAAACAUGGACUCCCGCCUUCCGAGACAGUGGCCACAGUGGAACACAUCAAUGCCAAGUGUCCCAGCCUGGAGUUCGUGGGUCUGAUGACCAUCGGGAGUUUUGGACACGACCUCAGUCAGGGACCCAACCCAGACUUCCAGGCUCUAUUGUCCUUGCGGAAGGAGCUGUGUGAGAAGCUCAGCAUCCCCAUUGACCAGGUGGAACUGAGUAUGGGCAUGUCCAUGGAUUUCCAACAUGCGAUUGAAGUGGGGUCCACAAAUGUCCGUGUAGGAAGUACUAUUUUUGGAGAACGGGAUUACUCCAAGAAACCGGCUGUGGACAAGGCCACAACAAGCGUAAAGGCCACUGUGGAGGUAGCCCAAGAGCAUUGAACCAAGAAAAGCACAAGCAACUACCUGCCAAGGGCCCUGGUGUGGAAAACUUUAACUAUGCACUAACCCAAAUUUUAAUUUUCAUAUCCCAGGUUGUAGCACAAUAGUGCUUUUGUUAAGACCUGGAACUCUACUAAUUGUUGUGUUGGUGGAACUCAUCUUUACUUAGCAUCUUUGACACCUUAGGGCCCAUUUAGAUCAUUGACUUAGGAUUGUCAUGGAACUGGAGAAUCAAGGCAUUUCAGCAGGAAAAGUUCCAAAUCAGAAUUAAUCCUUGAUCCUAUCCAGAAGUAUUAACUAAUCAUGAAUGCCUUUUCCAAGUUGAAAUGUGUUCACCGAAGCCUAUACUUAACUGCUGUCAAAGGUAUUUUCAGUUGCCCUUCACUGUUCACUGGGGCUUCAUCUACUUUUAAUAGAGAUGAAAACCCUCUAGAAUAGCCCCCAUACCUGCCCUAAGAUAGGAUCGGUCCCUCUCAUCCUCUCUCCCCCUUCAUGAUAAUGCCCAAAGAUGAUGUUCAGUUUCUCGCUUGAAGAAUAGCUGAACCAGGCAAUUUCAUGGCUCAUAUUGUGCUCCACACCCAAAAGGCUGCUGAUGACUUAGCCCUCUGUGUGAUUGGCUUUUCUGUUGUGUUGGCCAUGGAAAUAAGAUUUGUGAUUAGCUGCAUCUCACCACCUGCCCUUCUAGGGAAGGGAACUUGCCCCCAGUCAGGUGGCAACAUGAAUUUUCCAAUAUGUAGUUGGCUUCCUUGUUUCUGGUGGUGAGCUUUAAUAGUGAAUAAUGGUGGUUUUCCAGAAGCAGACAGAGCCCUUCAAGUCUACACCAGGUCGAUAGCUUCAAACAGGACUAACUGUAAGAGUUCCUCCUUACAGAAUAUUCCAGCAGCCAAGUUUGUUCCCAUCUUGCCACAUUUUUAAGUAACAGUUUUGUAAAUUUUCCUGUUUGCUAGCAAAGUAGCAAGGCUUUCAUGAGCAUGAAAAUGGCCAAAAUGCACUAUUGAAAAUUCAUGAAAACAGAUCUUUAGUGUGUGUUGGGAAUUUUCCCCCUACAAUUAGCUUUUUUCCUUAAUUUAUUCAAUCCCUGGACUUAAUUUCAUGGAUUAAUCUUGAGAAUAUUAUGUGAAUGUAAUUUUUAAAAAUUCUUAAGCCAAUAUAAUUUCUGCGCUUUCAAAGCUACACAAUGUGAUGGUUCAUAGUCCAUUAAAUAAAAAAAAUGUGAGUUUGAAUUAUGCCAUCUGUGCCAAUUACAAAGCAAUUAAAAGAUUAUUUUUUUAUA